CUGUGCCUGGACAUUUUGAUAGUAAUUUUUUUCACCGCUAAUUGCGUCAUCGCCGAGCUCACUAUCACAGUCUUAUGGUUGGAAACGUCGAAACGAGUUGUCAAGUGGUUCGGUGGUCACACAAUCUCUACUGGAACGGGUUAUCGGACAGUCGCCUCCAGAGUUCUUAUCGACAAUCGUCGGAAACUCGCGACGCGCGUGUUGACCGUACAAACUGCGAUUCCAUAUCGUUACUACGCGCGACCGUUCGAUCUUUUCAUAGCCGGAGGGUGAUCUAUAUCGAUUUCGAUUCUCGAUCGAACGAAUCGCGGGCGUCUCGAUCCGUCUCGAUGAGAAUCGAUUGCAAUUUUCGAGUAAUAUGUCGUCAGUGGCGAUCAACGAUUAGAAGAAUUUCUUUUAUCCUUCGCGAACCAGUUUCAUUGACAAGAUAUUUUAAUAUAUUCUGUAAAGGAUUUAACGAUUAAUCUUGCAAAAAAAAGGAUCAAGAUCUACCGGAAACACUAACUCAUCGCGAUUACUGUGAAGAAUUGUAGAAGAAUUUUCGAAUAAGAAUUUCGAAUAAUAAUUGUAACUUUCUACGUUUGUUACGUCACGCUUCGUACUGGCAGCAGAUCAUCAGGCGCCGUGAGUCGAAACGUAUAUCCAACGGGACGAUCCUGUGAGCUCGAGACGGACCAAUCUGGCAUUCGGUCGUUAUCGGUGACCGAUGGAAGCCGUGCACACCCGACGGGAUACCACACUGAUCGCGCUUACUCUCGGUCACAUCGCGCGUACCGUCUUAGUACACGCGCACGACGCGAUCACGAACACGCGCGCGUUUCGCUCCGGCCUAUUUCUUUUGCACCCGCUCCCUGGAAUUUCGACAGUCGGUGACAGUGGCUUCGCAAGGAAAGGUAAUCAAUCGGUCUUAACGGUAUAGAGAGUUUAUCAGAUGUAUCCUUUCUUAUGGUGAAAAAUAUUGAAGUGUAUACGUGUAUAUGUCCAACCGUGGACGACGAUGGCGUCGCUGGGGAAUAAAGUGGAUGAGCAAGUCGCCAAGGUACCGCAGCAGAAUGGACGUAGGAACGAGGAACAACUGCAGAUGGAAGAUAUUCACGACAAUAACAACGAGAGCAUCGAGGUCGAGAUGGUGGUGCCGCCGGACGGUGGAUGGGGUUGGGUGAUCGUCGCAGCCUCCUUCAUGUGCAAUCUGUUCGUGGACGGUAUCAUCUUUAGCUUCGGUGUCUUUUUAAACGACAUAUCGGACGCAUUCGCGGUGUCCAAGGCGAGAGUGGCGCUAGUUGGCUCCCUGCAAUCUGGAUUUUAUCUUAUGGCUGGUCCAUUCGUGUCAGCGUUGGCCAACAGGUACGGUUUCCGGUUGGUCGCGAUCCUCGGAAGUGUGAUAAGUUGCAGCGCUUUCGUUCUCUCGUACUUCAGCACUUCCAUCGAGUUCCUUUACAUCUCUUACGGCGUGCUCGGAGGUAUCGGGGCAGGCCUGAUUUACGUGCCGGCUGUGAUAACUACCGGAUUUUAUUUUGAAAGAUGGCGAGCACUGGCCACCGGGAUCGCGGUCUGCGGAUCCGGAAUCGGCGCCUUUCUGCUCGCGCCAAUCUCAGACGUGCUGGUCAAACGAUUCGGUUGGAGGGGUGCGUUGCUCUUCCAAGCAGGAAUGCUGUUGAAUUGCUCCAUUUUCGGCGCCAUGUUCCGUCCACUGAAACCAACAAGGAUUAAGGUGAAAUCCACCCCGGAAAACGCUGGUUUAGAGGUAAAGAAUAGCUUGAUAGGGAGGGGAGUGUCCAUGGCAUCAUUGCACUGUGUCCAACCAGAAAGAAGUGGUUUCUUUGGGACAAACAACAAUACAGAUUAUCCCACUGCCGCAGAAUUACUUGGAAGCAACCCCAACAUAGUAAACGCUUCCAAGUCCCUACAUUCUCUUCACAAGAUUCACGUGGAGCUACGAACCCUAGAGAGAAAGUUGAGCAACUCUGAGAAACGACUGUCAGUCCCGAUAUAUCCAGAGUUGGACAUGAAUAUAGAUGAAAAAAUCGUCGAGGAGGAGAAUAAUCUCCUCGGUGGAGAUGUUGAAAGACUGAAUGGCAAAGUGCCCACGAUUCGCAGGCACACGAUCAGCGGUAGACGACAACGCGCGGACUCGGAUUGUAGCCAGAAAUCGUUGAAGAUGGGCAACAGGCGUAACCCAUUUAGCAAGGAUCCCCAGAGACCGUUCUACAGGGAUGAUAUCUUUUAUGGGGGAUCCCUAAACAGGUUGCCGCAUUACAAAUCUCAGCAAUCGUCCGUUGGCUAUCACAUGUCCGUCACGCGUUUGCCGACUGCGACGGAUGUCGCCGAGCAGGAAAGCGGAAGUUGCUACAUUUGUCCAGAGAGCGUACGUCGAAUUCUUACUACCAUGCUCGAUAUAAGCCUUCUGAAGAGCCCUUCUUUCUUGAUCCUGGCCAUCUCUGGUGGGCUCACGAUGAUGGGUUUCUAUACACCCUUCAUGUACGUUCCAGAUCGAGCCCAAUUGGCAGGCAUCAAGGCCUCCACCGCUAUGUUCCUCGUAUCUGUGAUUGGUAUCGGCAAUACCAUUGGUCGUGUAGUGUGCGGAUUGGCCAGCAGUUUGCCAGGAGUUAACGCUUUGGUCGUCAACAAUAUAUUCAUCAGCGCUGGUGGCCUUUUGACCAUUUUCUCCGGGUUGUCGCUCAGCCAGAGCUUCCAGUUCUUUUACGCCGCUGGGUUUGGCAUUAGUAUAUCUGUGUUCGCCUCUCUGCGAUCGAUUCUCGUAGUGGAUCUUUUGGGGUUGGAGAAACUGACCAACGCUUUUGGACUCCUUCUUCUGUUCCAAGGCGUGGCAGCCGCCAUUGGCGCGCCUCUCGCAGGUGUGUUCAUGGACGCAACCGGAAGCUACGAUGCCUCGUUCUACCUGUCCGGCAGUUUGAUCCUCCUCUCGGCUGUGAUCUGUUAUCCCCUGAAGAGGGUCAAUCUAUGGGAGACGAAGAAGAACGCCGACAAGAUCAGCGACGACCCGUCCUAGUCCUAGAUCGACGUCCAACGCCAAACAGAACGCCGAUAGACUGAGGUCUAUUACGUAUUCUCGUUGUCGGUCGCCGUGUGCGUGUGCGUGUGUGUUUGUACAUACUAACGCGUAAAUAAUUUAUAACACGACUGUUCGAAUCGGUGAUUAAUUCGCGCCGAUAUUGACGUAAUCAUCAGCGAACAGCGGAGGGGGUACCACCAUUCGCGUUUUAUCUUCGAAUUUAUAUCGAGAUUGAACAGGAACGCGCAUUCAGGGAAAUCAUCCAUCAAAUCAUAGAGAUCGAAUCUAUAAAUCUAUCUUCAUACAGAGAAUCAUUUCAGAUAUAUCAUCGAACCAACCGAAUUCCUUUCGAAAUUAAUCAUUUCUCCUGUUUAAUCGAAAUUAUCCUGUUUUGGGUCUACCGUAAAUAAUAAUUGGGCGAGUGCAAUAGAUUUCGUGGACCCGCGAAAGGGGAGGAAUACCGUCCAGAUUUUUCGCACGAUUCAUCGAGGAUGUUGGUUUUAUGGGAACGCGGGUCAAGCUUUGCAUUUUCAUGAAACGAGCAUUUCUUUCAUAUUACACGAGCACCACGAUUCCUACGAUUCAUCGUCGUUUAUUCGCCGACGACGAAAUCGUGGGAGUUUUUUUUUUUUUUAGAUCCUUCGAUGAUAAUAAUAUCGUCACCCAGAGAUUUUUUUUUUCCUUUAACCGUGACGUUUCCUAAAUUUCACUCCUUGGGACGAUUAAUCUCUCGUCUCGAAUAUAAUUUGAGACGAGAUUUUGGAACGUAAGAGAGAAGAUUAUGAGAUCUUCGAGUUUAUAUUUUAUCUCGAUCGCUCGACCCAUCUCAUGCGAUCUAUUUUUGCUAGGAUUCUACAUCAUACUGCCGUACAAUUCUGUACAGUUUGUUUACAGAGAGACGAUCAUAUUCCUUUAUCCGUUUUAAACGGAGUUCGAGGAGUUUGGAUCUCUUGAAGGCAUUAUAUCGUUGAUGAAUCGAUCGAUUGACCUUCCAUUUUCGGAAUCUAUCUUGUAAAACACAAGAGUAUGCAUAAACGAGUAAUCUCGAUAAAUCCGUGCAGUUGUUAUUUCUAGCAUGCGAUCAAUUGUUAAACCAAUCCAUUUCGGCGGCGUGGGCCGGAAUGUUUGAUCCUUAGGGCGUAAAGGACUUGCUCAAAAAUGAAAUCCGUUCCUACUGUUCCUAAUUAAUUAUACUAGUAUUGUCUCUUCUUGUUCUUUCGUUUGUUUUUUGUUUCCUUCAGAGUCGUUGGACGUGUUGAUUCACGAGUAUUCGUUUGUUAAAAGCGUUAAAUUGUUAAGAAAACUGUUAUUUUUUUUCUUUAAUUUAACUCGUUGUGUUUCCUUAAUUUAAUUAAAAUUAAACCUAUAUUCGUAAAGUCGUUUGGACUAAACAAAAAAUAAACGAAGAUUUUUAUUAAAGUUAUUCAUAAUACGAAGAUAUUAAAAUUAAACCAAAGUUAUUGAUUGGGGUUAUAGAUAGACCCGAACACGAUAGAAAGAUCAAAAUGAAUCUACUACGAGCAUGUCGUAACAGGUGGAAAAUAUUUCAUAAAAUUCAGAUCAAAUUGAAAUCAGCGUAAUAAAAUAAAGAUGUAAUCCAGUUUUAAUACAGGCCUCCUCCUCUCCCGGAGGAGAGAUAUCCACUUGUUACGAUACGCAUCCCAGUUUAAUUUUAGGGAGCACGAACGAAAAGUCGAUACUGGUCGGAGUACGACAAUAAUAUCAAUAAUUUUAAUCGAACUCGAGUUUCAAAUUUCGAUUAAAAAAAAAAAAUCAAAGCGAUGGAAUAUUUUCCACGUAAGCUGAAAUAUUAUGCACGAUAUCGAAAGAUUCAAGUUAUCAAAUAUAGAAUAUCACGAUAGAAUCGUAUUUUACAGAAAAGAAUUUCAAAUAGAAUAAAUAAGUAAUUCGUUUUACAUAUAUAUAUAUAUAUAUAUAUAGAUCCUUGAUGGCGUGCUCUCCACGUGGCUUCGUGCUCCUGAAUGAUGGCCAAGGAACAUUGUUACACAAAUAUGUAAAUUUAUUAAAUACUAUUAGAUUACGAGAGAAAAAGAAACUUGAAUUCAUAUGCCUCUUGUUCUGCCACUCCUACCAGUUCCCAUGACUUAGUUUACGGCGUAAUAUUACUUGCAAACGUUAUAAAUUAUUUAUCAACGAAUCGUAAAUAUGAUGUGAUACGAUCGUUGAAACUCUUAUCGUCACAAAUAUCCUAUUGCUUGAUUUUCUUGCCUUUUAUUAUUGUUAUAAUUAUAAACUGGAAAUAUGGGAUAAAAUUUAUCACUUUU